CUUGCUUGUGCAAAUCGAGAUCGAGAAAUUGCUAUAGAGUGUGGCAAUCGACUUGCCAAUAAAUGUUCUGUCUUAGAUAAAGACAAUAAGUGUAUACAACGUGAUCUAAAACAAUCUAAUAAUGAUAAAAAGAAACUCUCCAAGCAUACCUACCAGCUUAUAAAUGAGAAAACAAAGGAUAUAUUAGAUUCUGUAGAGUCGAAGACUCAUUGCUCUGCAAUAGUUAUAGGAGGUGAGGAAAAAAAUAUGCAAAGCGAAGAACAAAGUUUCAUAUCGAAUUCUAGAAAUACAUCUGAAUCUAGACCCGAAGGGUUAUUGCUUUGCAGGCCCUUUAAGGGCGACUAUUCAAGUCAUAAAAGUCUUGCAAAAUAUUUUAAAA